GGCAGGUCUCUGCGCUCCUGAGUCGGCCGGUCAGCGCUCGCGCACAGCUCCGAGGGCCAGCGCCUCCACCCGCUCCGCAGCCGGCACCAUGCGCGAGAUCGUGCACAUCCAGGCGGGCCAGUGCGGCAACCAGAUCGGCGCCAAGUUUUGGGAGGUCAUCAGCGAUGAGCAUGGGAUCGACCCCACUGGCAGUUACCAUGGAGACAGUGACUUGCAGCUGGAGAGAAUCAAUGUGUACUACAACGAAGCCGCUGGUAACAAGUACGUCCCUCGGGCCAUCCUGGUGGAUCUGGAGCCGGGCACCAUGGACUCGGUCAGGUCUGGACCAUUCGGCCAGAUCUUCAGGCCAGACAACUUU